UAUAUAUUCUUUUAUCUUAGUUCAUGCACUUCUAUCUCUAUUAAUACUUCAUUUGUUUUUUGCUUCAUACAAUUCCAAAGGAUAAUACAAAUUUUAUUUCACAAAAAUGGAUUGUUCAUCAUAUAUCAAUACUUCAUUGGAUCUCAACAUUAAUCCUUAUAGAGUUCAUGAAGAAGUUCCUAAGAAGGAGGUUGGAAGCAAACUUUUCUCCUUGGGGAUGACCAAGUUUUCUUUGAAAGAAGAGUCCACUGAUGAAUUAGAGGAGGAGCUGAAAAGGGUGACUGCAGAAAACAAAAAAUUGGUGGAAAUGCUCUCAGUGGUUUGUGAGAACUACAACAGUUUGAGAAGCCAUUUGAUGGAAUAUAUGAGGAGAAAUCCUGAGAAGGAACUUAGCACAUCAUCAAAAAAAAGGAAAUCUGAAAGCAGCAAUAAUAACAAUAAUAGUAAUUUGAUGGGAAUCAACAACAAUGGAAACUCUGAGAGUAGCUCUACUGAUGAAGAAUCAUGUAAGAAACCAAAGGAGGAAGAAAACAUCAAAGCCAAAAUUUCAAGAGCUUAUGUUAGGACUGAAGCAUCUGAUACAGGCCUUAUUGUGAAGGAUGGAUAUCAAUGGAGGAAAUAUGGACAAAAAGUGACUAGAGAUAACCCUUGUCCAAGAGCUUAUUUCAAAUGCUCUUUUGCUCCAAGCUGCCCUGUCAAAAAGAAGGUGCAAAGAAGUGUGGAUGAUCAAUCUGUGCUUGUUGCUACUUAUGAAGGGGAGCACAAUCAUCCUCAAUCAUCUCCAAUGGAGGCAACAUCCGGUUCCGGCCGUAGCGUGAGCCUUGGUUCGGUACCUUGUUCAGCUUCUCUCAACUCAACAGCACCAAAAGUUGUUACUCUUGACUUAACAAAUUCUAAGAGCAGUAAAGAUUCUAAGAAUAAUGAACCAAGAAAAGAUUCACCUAAGUUACCAAAGAAUUUGGUGGAACAAAUGGCUACUUCUUUGACAACUGAUCCUAAUUUUAGAGCAGCACUUGUUGCAGCCAUAUCAGGAAGAUUGAUGCACAAUAAUUAAGAGAAGAUUUGGUGAUUUUUUUGGAACCUGAAUCCUCUAUAGCUGAUUUUAUGGUGCAGUGAGCACUAAACCGUUAGAUUAACAGAGAUAAAUUUUCUCUAUCUUAAUCUAACAGUCUGCAACUGAGAGUCGACUGCACCAUAAAGCCGACUGUAGAUGAUCCAAUUUGGAUUUUUAGCUAACUUAAUGUCAAUUGUUAAGUAUUCCAUAAAAUGGAUGAAUUUUUUUUAGAGUAUAGGAUCUCUAUGUAAAUACAACAUAGAAGAUUGAGAAGUAUAUUUAUCGAUUUGAUCCUUUAAGUGGAAAUAAAGUUCCACUAAGGAUAGCAUGUUGAGGUUAUAUUGAACAAUAGCAAAUAGUUCUUGGAAAAAUUUCUGGAUGAAAAAAGAGUUUCUUACAUCUCAUGUUACUAGCUUGAUAUUUUAAAUUUUAAAAACUAUGUUACACAUCAA